AUGGAUCUCAAAGCCAGUCCAAACUUCCUGAACCCUGGAGUCCUGAUAAAGCAGAGGCACAGUCUGACGCUGAAUGCAUGUGCUCAUUGUGUCUUCUUCUGCAAAGUGCUGCUUUACACCAGGUGAGAUCUUUUAGUGUGUAUCACAGAAAUAUAAUUCACCAUAAUGUGCAGUAUGUAUGAGUGCAUCCAAGGAUCCAGUGAGACAAUUGUGAAUUUGGGCUCCGGUUUCUGCGUUCCAGGAAAUAUCCACAAACAGCAAGUGCUCUCAUUAAAGGGGCAUUAAACUCAAACAUUACAGUUUUUAUUUUUUUAGAAAGUGCAAUGUUUACGUUUCAGGGUUACAUCGACCUCUGGGUGUCUUCCUGAAAGCCACUUGAGACGUUCCUGUGGCAUCGAGUGAGUAAAACUUAGUCAUGGGACGUGGAAUCCCAUUGAAAAGCCCUAAAUACAAUGCUUUCCAAUGGGGAACCUUGGAUUCACGCAUGAUGCUCACUGCGCAUGUUCAUCAGGUCCCCAAUGCUCCUCUAUGGAGAGCAUUGGAUUGGACUGCAUCAGAGAAGGCAAAGCUUACUCAAUGACAUCACGAGAGGUGAGCGGCGCUGAGACCCCACCCAAGCUGACAUGACAUUUCCUUGGGUGAUUCAAGUGGCAUCACUGAAAGCCCUUACCCCCAUCCUGAUUUAAUACCUCCCAAUUUUGAGAGGUAUGAUAAUAAGUGUAUCGUGGACAAGCACAGCUUACUCUGCACUGUAGUAUGGCUGAGCAAACAUCUGGAAUGCUAAAUGAUUUCGGUAAACUAGAAAAAUGGUCAGAGUUGUGGCAGCUGACAUUUAAUGUGGAUAAGUGCAAGAUGGUGCAUCUUGGACGUAAAAACCCAAAGGCAGAGUACAGAAUAUUUCAUACAGUCCAAACCUCAAUAUCUGAGGAAAGGGAUUUAGGGGGUGAUUAUUUCUGAUGACUUAAAGGUAGGCAGACAAUGUAAUAGAGCAACAGGAAAUGCUAGCAGAGUGCUUGGUUGUAUAGGGAGAGGUAUUAGCAGUAGAAAGAGGGAAGUGCUCAUGCCAUUGUACAGAACACUGGUGAGACCUCACUUGGAGUAUUGUACACAGUACUGGAGACCGUAUCUUCAGAAGGAUAUUGAUACCUUAGAGAGGGUUCAGAGAAGGGCUACUAAACAGGUUCAUGGAUUGCGGGAUAAAACUUACCAGGAAAGGUUAAAGGAUCUUAACAUGUAUAGCUUGGAGGAAAGACGAGACAGGGGGGAUAUGAUAGAAACAUUUAAAUAUAUAAAGGGAAUCAACACAGUAAAGGAGGAGACUAUAUUUAAAAGAAGAAAAACUACCACAACAAGAGGACAUAGUCUUAAAUUAGAGGGACAAAGGUUUAAAAAUAAUAUCAGGAAGUAUUACUUUACUGAGAGGGUGGUGGAUGCAUGGAAUAGCCUUACAGCUGAAGUGGUAGAGGUUAACACAGUAAAGGAGUUUAAGCAUGCGUGGGAUAGGCAUUAGGCUAAUCUAACUAUAAGAUAAGGCCAGAGACUAAUGAAAGUAUUUUAGAAAAUUGGGCAGACUAGAUGGGCCGAAUGGUUCUUAUCUGCCAUCACAUUCUAUGUUUCUAUGGUUUGCGCUCCACUGCUGCUGGCUAAUUGCUUCUGUCACAAACUGAUAUAACAAAUUGUUGUUUUUUUUUAACUGAACUGGGAAUACUGGAGAAUAGAUGAGGAAAUUGCUAAUUUUAGUACAAAAUUGUCAAAUUAGGGAAAAAUAAAAUCCUCAAUGUGGCUAUUUUAGCCUAGAAAGUGUCAUUCCCUUGCUAAUUAUCCAUAAUCCCCUGUUCAGAGAAUUAACUCAUAGAGACUUGAAUGUUUGAGAUAUACGUUGCUGAAUUGCAAUUAUAUAAAAAUAAGAAUAUAUUCCCUUAAAAAGGUUUAAAUUAACAUUUUUAUUAUUAUUUAGUAAGUACCUAACAUUGUAUUUGCUUUUCUCUAGACAGACCGAGAAAGCAGAGUCAACCCAGAGUUUUGCUCCCACAAUCAAACGGGCAUCUCACAGUAAGUGUCUCCAUGUUGGCAUUAUUGGCGCAGGUCAGCUGGGGAAGCAACUUGCUCGCUGUCUGAUUGACCUGAGUGGCUUGCAAGCAGAAGAUAUUCGCAUAUCCACGCGCAGACCAGAAACCUUGCGUAAGUACAUCACACGAUCCUUACUGAAUUUAAACCCAGAAUCUCAAAAUAAACUGUACUGCUACUGGCAGACAAAAGAAAACAUUCAAAGGAUUAAAUACCAAUACCAAUAGCUGUUAUAAUUCACAAUGUCAUAGGCAAAAAUAUUUUUACAAGAAGUAAAAAACUGUUAUUUUGCUCUAUUACACUAAUUUGAUCUAUUAUUAGACAUUAGCAGAUGUAGUGGUACAACAUCUUUAUGCUGGGCUGGCAAAUCUGCUUAUAGUACAGAGCCGUCAUACUUUUAAUACAGAGGUGUUUUUAAGAUUCUUUAUUUUUCAUUUUAAAUUGGCAAUGAACAGUGCAGAACUGCAAUUAAUAUUUUGACAAAUAGAUACAUCAGUUAUAAAUGUAGACCGAAAUUAAGAAUGGAUAAUUUCAAACGUCAAACAAUAGUCAGUAUACAGUGAGCAUGUAUCCUGGAUCUGAGACCCCUAUUUCUGGUUACUGUAUAUGUCUUGGCUUAUAUUACAGAUUAAUGUCCGUGUCAGGGGCAUGUUUGAGAAGCAUCAGUUUGGCAUUAUCAAUACAUAGAAAAGUACAAAAAGAAGGUGAUAGGGAGAGUCUAAAGAUCUAUCCAAAAACGUAGUGAGCAGUCGUAUGAUCGAUGUGGGAGGGUAACUGAUUCCUCCAAGAGUAUUGUUGUGUAUGCAGUCAUGUUAGUAUAAAAAGCCCUUAAAUUGAGAUCCACCCCACUAGGUCAAUGACAUUCCCCCUUUUGUCAACUGAUACCCUACUAGAAAGAUACAGAGCUUUUAUUCCUUGCUGACACAGGUUCUUGAGCUAUAAGACUUUAUGCGUGCUGGCUCAGAUUUUUGAGUUACAAAGCCAUUAUGACAUUUUGGCUCGGCAGAUGGUUAUAUUGAUACUUCUGAAACAUACAGCAUAUAAUUUGUCUCCCAGGUGACUUCCAGGAGCUAGGAGUGCUCUGUUUUUAUGACAACGUUGGUCUUUCCACCUGGGCCCACAUUAUCUUUGUAUGCUGCUUGCCAUCGCAGCUACCCAAUGUGUGUAUGGAGAUCAGAAACCACGUGGGAGAAGCUUGCAUUGUGUAUAGCCUGGUAUCAGCUGUACCUUUAUCCAGGUAUAACCAACAGCAAACAGAGUUUGGUUUGAUCAAUAUUCCUUAAUUACAAUGGUGGGAACCUAAAACAUAGUGACUAAUGAUUGGGGAAGAUAUCAUAAAUAUGACAUGGCAAACUGAAUAUAGGUGAUAUAAUGUUGGUAAUAAUCAGAUAUCUGAUUUCACAUACUCGGACACUUGCAAGGUUGAGGGUACCACGCUUAAUUCUAGUACAAUCACUGUCAUAAUAUCAGAUCAUAACAGUUGUGCAAAGUCCAAUGUUUGAUUUUUAGAUGUACUUGUGUCAUCUUUCCUUUUUCAGGUUAAACCAACUAUUGGGCAGCAGAGGCGUUAUCAGACCAGAAUACCGAGUUGUAUGGACAGAGACCAGUCAGGAAUGGGAUAAAAACUGGACUAUCACAGCUGCUCUAAGAAAUGCCAGUAUUGUGAGAUCAACAAGCUUUGGAAAUCCUCAAGGUGGUAUGUAGUGAUUUAUUCCAGGAACUUACAUAGAACAUUUUCUGUUAAGGAUUUGGACACCAUGUCCAAACAUUCAUAUUCAUACAGAUUAGAUCAGCAGUUUUAAAAAGUCAUGUUUCCUCAAUUGUCCUAGAAUGCUGUGUUGGAUAUGCAAAUAGGCAUAGAUACCAGCAUAAACUGCUCUUUCCCAAAUUACUAUGUAUAUUUAAAUAAACGGAGGUUAUUUAGUUACUCCAAUGGCCAUUAGAGGUAAACCCCCACCUGCCACGUCAAGGGUCCUACACUAACCAUUCACCUUGCUUCCUUGAGCUUGCUGGCAAAGAUAUCUGUAAUGAGACAUAGAGGGGUAUUUUUUAUAUACACCCCUACAUACUUAUUAACCGUUAAUAGGGAACACACAGAAUGGGCGGCAGCAUUGUAACAUAGCUGUGUGAUACAAAAGUGGAUACAAAUACAAAAAAACAAGUCGCACUCAAACUCCCACUACGACCAUAGUACACAUCAGCCCCAAUACAUACAAUAAAAACCAAAGGAAAAAAGUUAUCUGCGCUCUUUCCCAAAUCCCUAUGUAUUUUUAAACAAAUGGAGGUAUUUAGUUACUUUAAUGGUCAUUCGAGAGAAUGCCCACCAGAAUCUAUAAACCAGAGCAUUUUAUACCAAAGCAUAGGUUAUGACCAUAGUUGACCAAGGAUCCACCAUUGAAUGUGCCAUUUUGCGAUUUACAAGUAUGGUCCGAUUCUGGUCCAGUGGUAACAAUUAAUUUGUGAGCAUAUAGCCAAGGAACAAAGAAUUGGUGUCUUACCUGACAAAUGGAUUUUCUUCCAGAUGGAGAGAGCCCACCAUGAGUUACAACAUAUAGGAUGUACUCCAUCCAGUUGCAUGUAGUCCAUUUAUCUCUGAAAUCAUGUGUAUACAAUUCUCCCAGAAUGCAAUAUCUGAGCCUGUCCUGAUAGUGUGCCGUUGGAUCCUCCUUCAUUAGAUCCAAACCCAACACUGUGUCAGGCUGUAUUAAUAAUGUGCAUUUAAAUCUGCUUGUCUUGGAUUUUACUAUUUACCAGGUGUUUAGAAUAUUAUUCCUCUUCUAACAGGCAUUGUCCGUAUAGUGAGUCGGUUUAUAGAGACAACUAUUUACGCAGCUCUGAACAUGUGCACAGAACAAGGGCUGUCUCAUAAACAGUCACUGAGUGCCUUAAAUGCCAUGAUUUACAGCACUAGGAUGAGGGCUGAGACUUCCCAUCGUUCUCUACUUAGGACAGAAGACUUUGUAAGCCGGGAGUAUGCUAUCACACUAUCAGAGAACAGGUGAGAAUAACAUUUAAUCCUCCUAUGCAGUCUAUAUUGUGUCUUACAUGUUUAUAUGACCACAAACAUACCCCUUUGCAUGUUGUAUGUUUAACUGAUCCUGUGCAGCCCAUCUGUGUUACAUGUUUCUUUGUUCCUGUCUCCUUCUGUGUAUUAUGUUUAUUUGAUCAUGGGCAGCCCCUUUAUGUGUUAUACUUGUUUGCUGCUUUGAUCUCCCCUUUUGCUUGUUUUAUGUUUAUUUAAUCCUCUGUGGUCCUUUCACAUGUUAUGUUUAUUUGCACAUCCGGUCUCUCUGUGUGUUGCAUGUUUAGUGUCUCCUAUGCUGUCCCCUCUGUUCUAUAUGUACCUGCUCUGUGCGUCACUCUGUGUAUAAUAUUUAUGUGCUUUUUGCAGCCCGUAUCCUUGGUUUGACCUAGACUGUGUGCAGACGAAGGACACACCAUUCAGUCAGCAUCUCAAUUGCACUCCGUGGCUUCUGGAAAGGCUUGCAGUACUGUACUUGGAUUCUUUUGGGACUUUUGAACAAGUAACAAACGCAAAUAAUUUGGCUGUAACUUCCCAUGGAGAAGAUUGA